GCGCCUGGCGCCAGUCAGCGGCAGCGCGGCCAUGGACAGGAAGUACCCCAGCGUGCCCAUGGGGGCGGGGGUGCUGCACGCCAAGCGGGCCACGUACAGCCCCGAAACGCACCAGCUCCUCAAAGUCCUGAUGGCGGAGAGCCGGUUGACCAUGCUGCAGCGCAAGCAGCUGGGCGCGUCGCUGCGCCAGGGAGACUCGCUGCCCGCACAGCCGCAGCCCGCGCACUGCCCCUCGUCGCUGCCCCGCGCCAACAACCCCUUCGAAGCCAACAACCCCUUCCGGCUGGGGUGCCGACGCCUGCGGGACACCAUUCUCAGCUCGGGCGCCUACGAGAGGGACCGCUUCGUGCCCGCGCACCCGAGAAUUGACAAAGACGGGGAGAAGCGCACGUUCCAAGACAAGAUGUCCUUCGGCAGGGUGAUGCCGCCCUCCCCUCGCAACAAGAAGAGCAAGUUCAGGAGGCCGUCCAGUCCGCCGGCCCAGGCCGAGAUGGACCGCUUUGACGAACUUGUACAAGAAGUGAAUGAGCGUGUGCAGUUUUUGAAAGAGAUGGAAGAUCUUGGCCAGGCUCAUAAAUACUAUCCAAUAAUUCAGCAAGAAAUUGCAGCCAAAGUAAGAGAGAUGGAGAGGAUAGAUAAAGAGAGGUGCAAGGAGUUGGAAAUUGGCCCUGAUAAAUAAAAUGUUCAACAUUAUUAGCAUUUACUGUCAAAC